GAGAGAAAGAGAGAAAGAGAGAGAGAGAGAUUAUCACCAUCAUCAUCAUCAUCAUCUUCGAAGGAGGAAGAAGGAGUCUUCAAACCAGCCACGCCUACAUCACUUUCGUGAACCAAUGAGAAAGACGAAAUUGUACCAAGCUGACUCGAAUUUUUAACUCUCCUCUAAAAUCUGGCUUCUCUGGGAAGGCAAAGCUAAGUAAAGCAAAACGUUAGAUUCCCUUAUGCAUUUUCUCAGUGAUCAUUCCGUCGUGCGUGAUUAACAUUUAACAUGUUCAUAUUCAUAUAACUUCUGUCAUUGUUAAAUUGUGUAUCAAACAGUGAUGGAAAAAAUAUAUCAUCUAUUGUCAACGUAGUAAAAUUAUAGUUUUAUUCAAGAACGAUGAACGGUGAAAAUACAAAUGUUUUGGAAAAAGUUAAUCGUCCGAAAAUUUUAAAAUUUGGUGUUGAACGAAUUUUAUCUAAUGAAUUCUCUUCGAAGAGAACAGUACGUCCAAGUCCAACAUCGAUGAUUCCAUCGCAAGAUGUAUUAAGACCAUUAGCAGUUCAAUUUUCUACGGUAGCAUGUCCUUGUCCCGGAAGCUGUACAAGUUGCGAUCUACGUACCUGUUCCAGUUUUCCCUUUAGACAAACUCCGAUGGAAACUCAAGCGAUGAUUAAUUAUCAAAGAAAUAAUACAGAUAAUUUUGGAAAUUUGUAUCGACCAGCUGCUGUCCGAGCAAUUUCAAGAGUGACAACGACGGCAUCUUCCAAUCUUGGUAAUACCAUGGAAACUAAUACGAGAAGAAAACGAUCAUGGUCCAGAGCUGUGUUUAGUUCUUUACAAAGGAAAGGUCUUGAAAGGAGAUUCUCUUUACAAAAAUAUAUCACAAAACCCGAUAGAAGACAAUUGGCUGCUACUUUAGGACUCACCGACGCUCAAGUAAAAGUUUGGUUUCAAAAUCGGCGAAUGAAAUGGCGACAUACCAAGCAAGGAGAAAAUAAUAAUUCAUCGAUCGCUGAUCCAGAUUCGACUCAAAAAGAGAUUCCUCAGAAAAUGUUAGAAGACUCGACGAAAAAUGUCGAAGGAAAAACUAUUGUUUCCGAAGAUGAAGAAGAUAUUGAGAUACAAGUGGACGUAUAAUAAUUGACAGACUUGAUGAUGCCAUCCCGAUGGAAUAAACAUAAUCUCUCCAGCUUCUUGUAUUACGUCGAAACAUUUUAAAUUUUGACUAUCGUACUCUUUAUAUUUAGAAUGAUCCUUAAGAUCCUCAGAAAGUACAUCGUAUACCAAUUGACCAUAUGAAUCACGAAAUUUAUUUUCUUCUUUUGGUGGAAAAAGUAACCAACGUUUUCUACCAACGAUAUUGGCAGACCAACUAUAUGAAAAAAAUACAUCAGCAUGCAAUGGGGUCCUGUAAGAUAAAGUAAACAAAACAAAAAAAAAACAUAUAAUCUUACAAAUGAUAUAUACAAAAUUAAGUAUAUUAUUUUAUUUACCAUGUUCCUUUUGGUCCCAUAUAAACAAACAUAUAAUCAUCCUCUAAUUCUGGCUUAGCAAUGUAAUAUUCGUUCAACCAAUCGGAUGCAAAAUAAUGGGGUACUUCAUAAUAAAUUAAAUCAGGAAAUAUUUUUGCACAGUGCCAAUCUUUCAGAUACAAAAGUGGCAUAUCGUUUGUAUAAUCAUUGUUUCUAUAUUUAAUCCAAUAAUCCAAAUAUUCUUGCAUAUUCAUAUCGUUUUUAAGUUGCGAAUUGUAAUAUCUUCUUUUACAAUCGGAUAUAGGUACCAAACAUUGACCUGUAAAAUAUUAAAAAAUAAUUUAGGAAAAAUUAAAUAAAAUAGAAAAAAUAUAUAUACAUAUAUAUUUAUAUAUAUAUAAUUUUAAUUCCAUUGUAACAUCCAGCGCUCACCGAAUAGUCUACCGAGUAAUUCAAAAUUUGGCGCGUCUUUUAAUACCCACUGUUGUCUACAUGGCCAACUUUCGGUGAUCGCGUUAUCGAUAAUACAUGGUUCGUUGUCAAUAAGAAACGUGUGAAAAAAUUCAUUAUAUGUCAAUUUAUGAUUCACUCGUCUCACCGAUUCAAUCGCUGGAAGAUGUUUAGCAUUGGACGGUAUAUCGUUCUUCGUUAUUUCGAUUACUUUUAACAUAAUGUACAUUUCACUCGUCCAUUUAAUAUUAUUAAUUAAAUAUUAUAAUACACACAAAACACGUAGGCACACACAAACACACACACGCGCGCGCGCGCGCGCGCGUUCAUACAUGUGAAGAAGAAUACACCUAAAGAAAAUAUAAUGAAAAAUGUAUAAAAUAUUCGUAGAAUAAA